CGCCGCGCGCCAACACAGGCAGUCUUGCCAGACGUGCUGAUGCGUCUAGCCGAGAUUGUUCACUACGUUCAAAAGAGGCAGUACAGGUACGCCAACGAUUCGUACCUUCAGCUAUCCAUCGGAAACGCUCCUUGGCCCAUCGGCGUCACCAUGGUGGGCAUCCACGAACGUUCGGGCAGAGAAAAGAUUUUCAGCUCAAACGUCGCUCAUGUACUCAACGACGAAGUCAGUCGAAAGUAUAUCCAAUCGCUCAAAAGACUCAUGACAUUUGCACAGACAAAGGUGAGUGAGCCCUCGAGCAUAGCCUCCCCUUUCCUUUUGUCAUUCUGCGUUCAGCUCGUCGCUCGCUGACGUGCCUCGUCCAUACGCAGUAUCCGCCCAAAGACGCUUCCUUCUUGAUGGGUUGAAGCAAUGCUUUCGCAGAGCACGUAAACUAAUGCAUGCUCUCGCCCGAAAUAUGGCCAAAGUGACUGUUGAGGAGGGAGCGACACAAACGGUGACUCUUCCUCGACGCAAUCGC